AUGCAAAACUUGUUGCUGGCUCCUUUGGACGCGUUGAUCUCACACAGCGCCAAGCGGCAGAGCGGAGUGUGAGUGUAUCUGUAUCCCAAGUGCACUCAGACCACACCAGACAAGACUCGGUAAACGGAGGGACGCACACAUUAGGAGCGAAACGCAUUGAAAGGACUUAAGGCAGAGGCGCUUCGCUGCAAGGCGCAUGACCGGCGGCAGCGGGUGAAGGAUGCUGUCAAGCCGCUCCGUAGUUGUGGAGUGCGGGUAGUGCACGCCGCGCUACUCCGGGUUCAGGUCGCGUAAACGGACGCUCCGGUUCUCCGGUGCCUUGGUUGGAGAGCCGUGUUUGUGGACUUUCCUGCACACUGGACUUUUGGCUGCGUGCCUGUUGUCGAGAUUUUGAAGGACACCGGUGGGCACUAUUUAUUUAAAAAACAGAUUUUCCCCCCUCAAAGCCACAGAGGUAGUUUUAACCACACGGCUCCAGUUGGACUUUUUUUCCUUGUUUCCAGUAUGGGACCUUAUGCAAAAAGUCGCACCGGGACAUUUGACAUUGGACUGGAAUAAUGAAUUAGCUGACAGAAAUUGUCAUAUUCCCUCUUCUAUCGCUCCAGUUCUUGUGCGCUCUCCUUUUAGUUUGUGAGCGAGAUGUUUUUGUGUCAUGUUUGCACCGAAGAAAUGCGCACAGAGAAACUUUGGAAUAUGGUAGGUCACCCGUGCAGCAAGUUAAAUUGCAGUGUUUGGUAUUUGUAUGCUUAAUCAAAGACAGAAAAGAGAGCAGUCAAGUGCACGCAUAAAUAGGGGAGCAGGGACACGGUUUACGUGCGUAUUUUGGACACAGUCUGUCCCCUCUCUCCACCGCGUCCUUGGAGAAGUUGAAAAACAAAAACAAUUGCUUCAAAACAAUGAGAACUUAUUUGGUGAGUUUAAACAUUUAAAGUGGAUAAAGCAGUUUGAUCAUCAGAGUGAUACAAACAUUUGAAUAGUUUCUUGUGUAUCUCUUUUUUUCUUCUUUUUUUUUUUUUUUGCUUUUGGGGACAGACGGAAAAACAGACAGUGUGCCGAUGUCUGGCAAACUGGCCGUCAUGUGGGAUUGAUUGCAGGGGAGUAUGUUUGGGCUGGAGCAGUUUGGUUCUCAGAUUAAUAGCAGAAACCCUGGCCAGUCAGAGAGAAACAUAAACCAACCGAGACUGAACAUGGGCUCCCACUAUAAAAGCCCAGGUUUUCACGCCGGAGGCCCGCCGGGAGCCGUGGAGCCCGGCAUGGGCCCUCUGAGCGAGCCGCAAAUGCUCGGGCUCAACAUGAACAUGAACGGAGAGCAGUACGGGGGCUUUCACCCGCGGGGCCACUCGGACAUGCAUACAGGCGGCGGAAUUCAGCAGCAGCAGCAGCAAGGACCCAUGCAUGGAUUUUUUAACAACCAGCAACCUCAUCAAGGACAUCCUCACGGCCAUCAACCUCACCCCCACCAACCUCACCCCCAUUUCAGUGGGAAUUUUGGAGGCCCAGAGCCAGGGUCAUCAUGCCUGCAUGGUGGCAGGCUAAUGGGCUACAACAACAAUGGCAUGGGACCACAGCAGGGCUUUGGAGAAGGAUUUGAUCCUCUCACUGAGGGACAGGCAGGGGAUGGCUUUCCCCAGCAGCAGCAGCAACAGCGGCCUGGUAACAUGCCUGACUUUCAACAUCACGGGCCUCCCAGUGGCAGCCAUGCUGUCCCCGCUCCCUGUCUACCCCUGGACCAGUCUCCUAACAGAGCAGCAUCCUUUCAUGGUCUCCCCUCCUCCUCAUCAUCCUCUUCUGAGUCUCAUGGCCUGGAGCCUCGGCGGAUGCCCAACCAGGGAGCUGUAGAGGGAUUAGAGUAUAACUUCCCAAGUGAGCCUCCGUCUGGACAUUUUGAUGUACAUGUAUUUUCCCCAUCUGAUUCAGAAUCUCAGUUACCCCAUUUUGGGCCCGGAAGGCCAGUUCCCAGUGGUAAUUUCGCAGGGAACCCCGGUAUGCCACGGACACCAGGUAUGUCGGGCAUCUCUAAAGGACACCAGCCGCCGCCACAGCCCCAGCAGCCUCAGCAUGGAGUGUUUUUUGAGCGUUUUGGAAAUGGCCGGAAGGUGCCCGUGGGAAUGGAGCCGGGGGUCAAUGCAAGACAUCCUCUCAUGCAGCAGCAACAACAGGCUGGCUUGAUAGCCAGACAGAAUUCAUGCCCCCCUGGCCUCCCCCGACCCCCUCAGGCUGAGCCCGGCUCGACUAACCCUAACAUUCUGGACGGAGGGGUCAUGAUGCCUGGCCAACACAACCAGUUUGAAUAUCCUAUUCACAGACUGGAAAAUAGGGGUCUGCACCCUUAUGGGGACCCCAUGUUUAAUAUGCAACAGCCAGCUCCUCCUCCAUCCCAACAGCCCCCGAAUCAGAGGCUGCAACACUUUGACUCUCCUUAUAUGAACAUGGCGAAAAGGCCUAGAUUUGACUUUCCUAAUGCACAUGGUGGUGAGGGCUGGUGUGGUGGUAUGGAUAACCACCUCUCCCCCUCUGCCUACCCCGGCCUGCCUGGAGAGUUCACCCCACCUGUGAGUGAAGGUUUCCCUCCAGGUCCCCUGCAGCAUCCGGGGCCUGAGCAGCAGUCUCUGCAGCAGCGGCAGAACGCAGCCAUGAUGAUUAAACAAAUGGCCUCUCGCAACCAGCAGCAGAGGAUGAGGCAGCCCAGUCUGCAGCAGCUGGGUCACCAUGGCGAUGUACCUCCUGGCCCAAUGGCUCACGGAGGCCCAGUCGGGAGCAUGCCACAGCCCAACUUUGACAGGGAGAAUGGUGGCAGGAUGCCCAACAUUGAUGGACAAAAUCCUCAUGUAACUCAGGAGAACUCCUGGUUCCAAGGGUCCCACCCACCAGGGGAGAUGAUGUCACGGCGUAUGGGUGGAGCGGGUAAUGAAUCAGGGCCUCAUGACAUGGGGCUACAGCAGAACGGGGCUGGGAUGAUGUUUAGGCCAGGCAUAGGCAUGCAGGAGCCCAUGAGAAUACCAGGAGAUGGGCAUGUACAGGCUCUCCAUUCCCCCGGCAUGCACUCACAAUUCAGCAACAACAUGGGCAACCUCUCACAAAUGCAGUCUCCAGGAGCAGGGACAGGGCACCCAAAUGCACCAGCAGAGAGGCGGCCGGCUGACUUCCCUGCACCUCCAAUGGGAGCACAGCCAACGUUUCCCUAUGGGGGGGCUAACCGUCAGGGGCCAGCCCACAGUGCUCCCCAGGGGGUGAACACCUCACCAGGGAGCUACCCUCCUCAGUCUGAGUUCCCUCCAGGCCAGCGGUCGUCUGUUAGUAAGCUUGGAGCUCUGUCCCUCGGGAACUUCAGCAAAACCAGCACUAAAGACAGUGUUUUCGGCCAGAGCUGCCUGGCGGCCCUUUCCACGGCCUGCCAGAACAUGAUCGCUAGCCUAGGGGCCCCCAAUCUUAACGUAACAUUCAACAAGAAGAACCAAAAUGAGGGCAAGCGAAAACUGAGUCAGACAGAGCAGGACAUUAAUAGCAGCACAUCUAAUGGGACUGGCAGUGCUGGACCUGAAUAUUUUCAGAGCAGCACUUCCCAGAACAGCCAGAUGCCUGGCACUGGGAAUAGCAACUCUAAGCCUGCAAGUCAAAGCCAGACGGUGCAGGGGGAAGCCAGUGCCCUCUCCCCAAAUUACAACAUGGACGCUACCCCGUGCAGUGAGGGGAAGGCAACAACAGGGAGUGGGAGAGGGAGAGGGAGGAGAAAAAGAGACAGUGGACAUGUGAGCCCUGGAAUUUUUUUUUCCCCUGACAAUGGUAACCCUGUUGUAAGUCCAGGCCAGCAGACCCCCUCUGCUGGCGUUGGGGAGAGGGGUGGGGGAACGCCCCAUGAGAAACACCUCCAAUCACCUUCUUGGGGAAAAGGAGCCGACCUAAUGUUGGGGGACCAGGCCGACCUGAUGUCUUCUUUGGACAGUGGCAUUCAAAGUGUCGCCAAGUCUGACAGUAGCUCACCACGAGUGGACUUUCCUGACGAUGUCAGCACCCACUACGGCAACGAGGAUGAGGUGUCCUCCAGCUCAGAUGCAGGAGGGGCCUCGGCCACCAAGCCGAAUCGCAGCCCUAUGAUCACCGGCUCACCCAAAAUGCAGCGGAGUGACCAUGGGUUGAUAAAUGGACAGAAGCCCUUAGGCAUGGGCAUUAACAAUCAUACUACCUCGACACCAGACAGCUAUGGACUGAAUGCUGGUGGGGGCACAGGGGCCAGUGGGGUGAGCCACCCGGGCACUCCUGGGGUGGAGCAGGUACGCACCCCAUCCAGCACCUCUGGCCAGGAAGAAAUCCAUCCUCUGGAGAUCCUUCAGGCCCAGAUCCAGCUACAGCGGCAGCAAUUCAGUAUCUCUGAGGACCAGCCCCUGGCCAUGAAAAAUGGCAAAAAGAAUGGCGACUGUCCCUCACAGAACGGAGACAAUGAGCUGGCAAGCUGCAGCCCGGAUGCUGGGAAGGGCUCAAUGGGCACUAUUGACCUUGACACCCUCAUGGCAGAGCAGCACGCCACCUGGUACGUGCCCAGUGACAAGGCCAUGAUGGACGGGUCAGAGGAUGACAAGGCCAUGGGACCAUGGGAAAAAAAUAAGAGCCAAAACAACAGCAAAGAAGAAUCAGAGCUCUCCCAGGGUAAGGCUGGAGCUGGGGCCCCGGGAGUCGGAGGAGGAGGGGGAGGAGGAGGAGGGGGAGGGAGCAAUGGAGGGAACCACCUGCAGUGCCUGUCCGUCCACUGCACAGACGAGCUGGGGGACAGUAAGGGCCGAGGGGGGCCCGUCUCGUCCUGGCGCUCUCUCCACUCUGAUAUCUCCAACCGAUUUGGGACAUUCGUGGCGGCACUGACUUGAGAAAAAAAAGCAGGCCCAGCAGGAAGUAGGAGAGAAGAUUAAGAAAAGCUUCAGAGACAAAUAAUGAUGAUGAGGAGGAUGAUGAUGAUGAUGAUGAUAAAGUGUUGACGAGGCAACUGCGAGCAGCUCCUGCCUGUUCAGGGACAGAAAGACAUUUAUACUCGUAAAUGCAAACAUGACCACAGACGCUCACUCACUCUCUCUCUCUCUCUCUCUCUCUCACACACACACACACACACACA